CACACACACACACACGGUGAGGUCCAUGAUGACACGUGAACACACACACACAGUGACACACACUCGGCCCUCAGAAUGACACAGCUCUGAUCGGAGGGAGGUGAUCUCUGAAAUUGCUCAGUGAGCACCCCUAAUUUCCCUGAUUUACAUAUCGCUGUCAAUCACACCCAAUGGAAUCCAAUCAGAAAGCAAGCGGGGACGGACUGGCGGGGACACAGAAGGAGGCGGCGCUGCGGGCGCUCAUGCAGCGCACAGGAUACCAACUGCAGCAGGAGAAUGGCCAACGGCGGUAUGGCGGCCCACCACCCAGCUGGGACGGUCCGCCACCAGAGAGAGGCAGCGAGAUCUUUGUGGGGAAACUACCGAGAGAUCUGUUUGAAGACGAACUGGUUCCACUGUGUGAGAAGUUCGGUAAGAUCUAUGAGGUGAGGAUGAUGAUGGACUUUAACGGGAAUAACAGAGGUUACGCCUUCGUCACCUUCAGUACAAAACAGGAGGCCAAAGCAGCCAUGAAGCAGCUCAACAACUACGAGAUCAGAAAUGGCCGCCUCCUCGGAGUUUGUGCCAGUGUUGACAACUGCCGUCUGUUUGUGGGUGGGAUUCCAAAAACUAAGAAGCGUGAGGAGAUCCUGUCUGAGAUGAAGAAGGUCACUGACGGGGUUGUGGACGUCAUUGUGUACCCGAGCGCUGCCGACAAAUCCAAGAACCGAGGUUUCGCCUUUGUGGAAUAUGAGAGCCACCGAGCGGCUGCCAUGGCCCGUCGCAAACUGCUGCCAGGCCGUAUCCAGCUAUGGGGUCACACCAUCGCGGUGGACUGGGCAGAGCCUGAGGUGGAGGUGGACGAAGAUACCAUGGCAACCGUCAAAAUAUUGUAUGUCAGGAACCUGAUGCUGCAGACCACCGAGGAGACCAUUGAGAAGGAAUUUAACAGCCUCAGACCAGGUGCAGUGGAGCGAGUGAAGAAGAUCAGAGACUACGCUUUUGUCCAUUUCAGUCAGAGAGAAGACGCCAUCAACGCCAUGAAAGCCCUCAACGGAAAGGUGGUGGACGGCUCUCCUAUCGAGGUGACUCUGGCCAAGCCGGUGGACAAGGACAGUUAUGUCCGUUACACCAGAGGGACCGGAGGACGGGGAGGAUCUCUGCUGCAGACCGACUACGCUGCCUACACUCUGGGACAGGUGUAUGACCCCUCAGCGGCGUACCUUGGCCCACCCGUGUUUUAUGCCCCCCAGGCCUACGCUGCUAUACCAGGUCAGUUCCGCUUCCCGGCGGCUAAAGCUCACGUUGGAGGUCGAGGUCUGAUCAGGACGCCGUCUGUGAGAGAAAUUUACAUGACUGUACCUGUAGGGGCUGCCGGGGUGCGGGGGCUGGGCGGGCGGGGAUACCUGGCCUACUCCGCCGGGGUUGGAGCCGUGGGUGGAGCUGGCGCUGCUGCCGGCGGAGCCUCUUAUGGCCUGAAGGCGGACAAGCAGGCAGAGGAGAAGCUGUACGACCUGCUACCAGGAAUGGAGCUGACCCCCAUGAACCCUGCUGCCAUGAGCCUGAAGGCCGCCGCCAUCAAACCUGCAACACAGGUUCUAGAGGAGCUGUGUCAGAAGAAUAACUGGGGUCAGCCCGUCUAUCAGCUCCACACUGCCAUCGGUCCUGACCAGAGACAGCUCUUUCUCUCCAAGAUCACUAUACCAGCUCUGGCUACACAGUACCCCAACGUCCAUCCCUUCACACCUUCUAAGCUGUGUGCGGCUGUAGAAGAAGCUAAAGUCCACGCAGCCGAACACACCUUGCAGACGCUCGGUCUACAGACAGAGGGCGCUGCCGACGCCGGCUGUGCCACUGCUGCCGCUGUGGCCUCGGUAGCCUUCCCAGGUUACACUCUGGCAAGCCCGGCGUCGUCUGCAGUCGCCUCCCAGCUGAAGCAGGCUGUAUCUCUGGGUCAGGACCUGACUGCCUACACAACCUAUGAGGGAUACCCCGCCUUCGCUGUGGCGACGCGCCACACCGACGGAUACGGCGUUUUCUAAGAGACCGUUUUCCAACAGAGAAAAACACUUGCAGCUAAAGACGCAUUCACACUAAACAGCUUUUUUCUCAAACUGCCAUUUAAAAUCUGUUUAAAGUUUGUGAAGGUUAAAAACAGCGGGAACGAAUGGACUCCUGAACGUUCGUCACUUUAAACAGGAAACAAAACAGAAGUUAUUUCUACAAAAAGCAAAAUAGUGUGGAUGCACCUUUACGCUGGGGCUUCUACAGGAAGACAAAAAGAUAUGUUUUUAAAACCGCUGCUGGAAAAUGUUUCUGACUCGCCGGUCGCCCUGAAACAAAUUCCUCACUCAUCACAUCUUGUUUCUUUCUUCAAAAUAUUCUUCUCUGAAUUAGGUAUAUAUCUGCGAUUAUCAUGUGAUUGAUGAAGUAGCUUGCAGACGGCCUGUGAUUGGCUCUAAGUUUGAAUUAAUGUUUUCAUCAGUUAAUAUUUUUAUUUUCUUUUUAGUUUGUUUGCAUGUUUCUAGUAGCAUGUUGACAAUAUUCAAUAAUUAGAUAAAUAGAUUUUGUUAUUUUAUCCUUUCUUGUAAACCCGUGCUUUUAUGUUUAAGAUACCUGGGAUUUGUAGUUCUUUUGAAUGUCUUUCAACUGCAAAAUGUAGUUUUGCACUGUUGUCUACUUUCGACCAUUUCGGCGGUUUUCCUGGCGUCUGUAAAAUGUUUAAGAUAGAACUGAAAUUUGGGAUUUUAAAAUGGAAAGCCUGUUUUUACUCAUGACAUUCUGGACUUUGUAGUUCUACAAACUGUGAAUAUGUAGUUUUUUGUUAGCGUACAUCUGAGAGGAAUCCAAAUGAACUUUGUGUGGUGAGCUUUCUCUCCCUCAUCAUUAACACACUGCCUUGAGGAAAUGUCUUUAGUUUUUCUGCCGUCAUGUUUGAGGUGCUUUAAACAGCUUGUUGUCUCAGUCAGCUGUUAAAAGCUUUAUUACGGCCGAUAAUACGGCUGCUCGACAACACUGAUGAAACUUAAGCCGCGUAUUUUAACAAACAGGAACAGAAACAACCUGAUCUCCAAGAAAUACAUAAUGACCACGACCUCUUAAGUUGGCUUUACGUUGUAAUGGGGGGACAUAAUGUGUCAAACGAUCCAAAAUCCAGACCAAGUACUCUACCUUGGGCUAACAUGCCUCCAAAGCGUUCACUAACGGUCCGGGCUGGGUGUUCCCAGAGGGGCACCUGGUGUUUUCACCUGGGAAAAAAUUCUUCGGUGAUUACAGGGCCAAAUUGACUUUCCAUUGGCAUUGUUUCUGUGGUGGUAGCACGUAAAUGUAACAUAUUAUAACUGUGGUGUGAAGAAGUCAUGGUCAUUUCACAUAUCAGUGUCAGGUCUUCACUGCCAUGUGGGGAGUUUUCUCUUUUUAUUGAUAUUUCUUUUCCAUGUUUCAGUAUUUUCAUGUUCACAUGGUGUGUUGUUUCUUCAGCUUCUAUUAAAAAAAGAAAGAGAAAGAAAUGAGCUAGCUGCGAUCCUAUAACUCCCCUCAUCUCCAGAUGUUUUAAACCUCUCACCAAACAAGAACAUCAAAGCCCAGAUUAGUUUACGAAUUCUCUCUUUCUUCAACAUCUGCUCAUGGCAAGAGAUCAUAGUUAUAAAUUAUAGUAAGGGGUUUGGUAACUAAAACACUAAAUUAGGAAAAAGCUUACGUUCAUAUGUCUCUAUGGUUAUUACAAAUAAGACAUUAUGGAUUUGACAAAAGUAGUCUGAACAAAACAAAAUUAAAAUUAGUUUCCUUGAUAAAACCGUCUUCUGUUUACAGUCUGAAAAAGGAAAAGUUGUAGUUUUUUUAACUUAUGAUUUAAAAGUAAAGUAAAAAUGAAGAUAUUGGAUCUUGCUCCUAAACUGCGCCUCCAACUGGUGACUGUGAGUACGAGCUGCAGUUAAGACAACUCAACAUCAUCUUUUUUUUCCCCGAAUAAUUACAAAUGCAGACUUAAAAGCAGCAGGCGACACAUCCUUCAGUCCAACUCGAUAACUGUUUCUUCUGUUUGUUUCUGGAGAGUUUUACGACAUCCGAGCUGUGAACACGCCGAAGCAGAGACAGUAUUAAAGUGUGUGAAGCACUUAGAACUUAUUUUUAUACCAGGAAAAAGAAUUAAUAUCCAGACGCUGUUUGUAUAGAGUUAUUGUGCGUUCUCUAAUUGACCUGGAAACCAGAAACAUGUUAAACUGAAUCAAUACGAAUCUGUGAUGAGCAGAGAGAAUUGUGGGUAUUCUGGAGGGGUUUAGUACCGUGACAGGAAACUGCUUUGAUGAAUUAUGAUGUUUCAUGAUCCGUAAUCUUCCCAAAAUAAACAAGCUAACAUAGAUCUGAAGAA